AUGCCACGAUUGACGGUUGGAACAAAAAAUAUGCUGUAUCCAUUAAAAAAAACACUUGCAGUGGGCAGUUGCAAGCCGGAGCAGGUUUCAAUAAGAUCAUUGGCUUCAAUGGUGGAGAGUUCGGCCAAAAAACCUAGCACAAGCGGCGAUGUUCGCGGAGUAGACAUAAACGUAAGCGAGAGGAUCUAUAAGUGGACAAAGGCAGGUGUAGAGCAGGGAAAGGAGCAUUUCAAAGUUGGAGGUAACAGGGUUUACUUCCCUAAGGCCAGAAUCAUCCUAUUGAGGCCUAACGCGAAGCACACGCCGUAUCAAGCAAAAUUCAUCGUCCCAAAAUCAUUCAAUAAAUUAGAUCUCAGAGACUAUCUUUAUCAUAUCUACGGGUUAAGGGCAAUGAACAUCACGACGCAACUACUGCAUGGAAAGUUCAACCGCAUGAACCUACAAACAACACGGUUUAGAGAACCACAAAUCAAGAAAAUGACCAUCGAGAUGGAAGAACCCUUCAUCUGGCCUGACGAACCCCGCCCGGACGAAAACAACUUCUGGGACAGCACUACGCCUGAUAACAUGGAAAAAUACCGUGAAGAAAGACUUAACUGCUUGGGCUCAGACGCCAACAAGCCUGGCACAGCAUUCGAGGGAGUUGUGGGGCCUUACGAGAGAGUGGCCCAGCCUUUUGUACCUCGCUUCUUGAAACGAGAGAUAGACAAUAAGCGAGAGCGUUACGCCGCUGAACUGCAGCGAGCAGAUAAGCUAAUCGCCCUGAACAGGUACGUGGAAGAUCUACAUUAG